UCGGAAGAGGGAACAUGUGCAUCCCGAUCUCAUCCCCUACGCCGGCGACCUCGGAAAAAUCGGUCCAAAGUGAUCGGGUCUCGCUCAGCGAUGACUUGCCGACUUGCCGGUGCCUUGCUGUCCGUCCGGGUCACUGGAGUCGUCCUCAGCGCCUCUCCUUUGCCUGAAUUCCUACCGCCGCGGCAACCUUUAACCCAGCUCGCCCGCCGCUCGCGGUAAUGCGGCGCCUCCACUUGUGAAUUGUAAUGCCCGCGUCCUCGCUCACGCUCCCCUCCCCAUCCUCCUCAUCUACCGUGCCGUCCAUUCUCCACCCACUCCCGCCGCCGCCCGCAGAUGCCGCCCAAGGUGGUCGCCGUCGCCGCGGGCGAGGCCCACACACUCGCCCUCACGGGUGACGGGCAGGUGUACUCCUGGGGCAGGGGGCCGUUCGGUCGCCUCGGGACCGGCCGCGAGGACGACGAGCUGGUCCCCACCGCGGUGGCGCCCGCGGUCUCUGCCGGCGGGACACCGCGGCCCAGGUUCGUCGCCGUCGCCGCUGGUGCCUACCAUAGCCUUGCGCUGGACGAUGAAGGUUCACUCUGGUCAUGGGGUUACAAUCUCUAUGGUCAACUUGGUUAUGGGGAUCAGAAUUCCCUUUUUCCAUGUUUGGUUGAGCAAUUUCAGGAUCUAGGUUCUCCUGAAACACUGAAUGAUGAAGACCAGAACACACGUGAUCAGACUUGUUUAAAGCUGUCUUCUGUCAAAGCUGGUGGCAUGAUGUCAUUUGCCAUAGACAGUUUGGGGGGGCUUUGGAUGUGGGGAAGUUGCCCACAGCAGACUGAUGCUGGAGAGUUAUGUAUUUCGAGUAGCUCUAUCCCACUACCUGUGUGGGAUUUCCAUGGACACACUGUUGUUAAGGUUGCCUGUGGUAAUGAGCAUGUAGUAGCUGCAGUUAGUGUUGGCGAGACCUAUACUGAAGGUGACCUUGUUUGUUAUGCUUGGGGAAAUAACAACCAUGGUCAGUUGGGUCUAGGUGACAAGGAAAGUAGAUCUCGUCCUGUGCUUAUCUCAGCAUUUAGCGAAGGAUCUUCUUGGGAGGUGUAUGAAAUUGCAUGCGGGGCUUCCCACACUGCAGUCCUCGCAAAUAAGAAGUCUUCUGACCAGAUAGAAUCUCGGUGCUGGACAUUUGGCCUUGGUGACAAGGGGCAGCUUGGCCAUGGAACCACAGCCACCAUUUGCUCACCACAACCUGUCGAUGGACUACCAACCGGAUCCUUCCUUAUUUCUCUUGACUGUGGAUUGUUCCACACAACCAUAGUCUCCUCUGAUGGAGAGGUGUGGUGCUGGGGAAUGGAGAGAGGUCUUGGACUGUGCCCAGAUGCUAGCUUUUCGGGAGUUGAUGAAGGGGAUGCUUUAUAUCCAAUAAGGGUUCAGUCUCCUGAGACAAAUGGGUUCAGGUUUCUUGGUCCAGUGCAGAUCUCCUGUGGAGCUGCACACACUGUUCUUGUUGCUGGUGAUGGGUAUAGGAUGUGGGCAUGGGGCAGAGGCCGCAGUGGUGUACUUGGGAGAGGCCAGACUGCUGACAGUUACAUACCCUGUGUUGUGAUGUGGCCUCCUCUUGAUGAGAACUUCCAAGAGAUCCAUGAGGACCAAGCGGGAGGAUCAACAUCAAGAGUGAAUGAUCGCACUAGCACCGAGUUAACUCAGAAGCUAUCUGCUGCCUCAGAGGAGUUGCAAUUCCUAAGAUCAAAACUGACACUGAUGGAGAGAUAUGCCAAUAUACUUCACAUCUCAAUCUUUCGUAAGCCACUUGAUGAACGGGCGCUACCACGUUCACUUCAGGAAUCUUCUGUCUUUGAUAUCAGAAAGGAAUUUGAGAACAUUUUGGAUGCAGCAGACACUGAUGAACUUAAUCGUUUGGAGAUCUUCUACCGCAGCAUGCUUUCUGGCGUGAAAGAUAAGCUUCUGAAGAGAAGAGUCCAAGAGAUGGUCCAACAAUGCAUAAUUUCACUCUCAGCAGGGAGGCAAAACCCUUAAGAUAAGUGAAUUGGAUUAUUGUACUUGUUACCGGACUGCAACUGAGUACAGUAUCUCCAAACUUGGCCUCAUCAAAAUUGCAAUAACCCUGUUUAUGCCAACCCACAGUCUAUGAAUUGUUACCGGACUGCAAGUGGGUAUAGUAUCACCAAACUUGGUCUCACUAAAAUUGCAACAACCUUGUUUAUGCACCCACUGUCGCAUCUGUUUCUUCAAGUAUAAAGUGAGUAAAUCUAUCCUGGCAUCAAGAUCAUCACCCGGUAGACCAUAGCACAAAGACGACAUUACUCACACUGACAUGUAAGCGUAUAUGUUGUUUAUGAAAUUCUUUAUGUGAUAAAUGCCUCCUAGAUAAAAUGAAUCCUGUGUAAAGGAUUUCUCUAUGGGUUGUCAUAGUAAAAUGUUAUUGGAAAAGCCUUAGGCAAAUACCAAUUUAAAUUAUGAAUACUAGCAAGAUGAUGCGUGUAAAUAGCAUUACGCGGGUAGCUAGCUUUUUAUCAUGGUAAUUUGAGAUUGUUUAUUUGAUUUUUUUUAUUGUA